GGUGUAUGCGUGCCUGUGUUUUGCUCAAGUCGUGUCGUUUACGCAGCGCAGCACGUCUCCAUCAGUUAUAGCCACUACUAGCCUAGCGCGCUCUUCUUCCUACCUUCUUCCUCCUCCUCCUCCUCCUCCUUCUCCACCUCCACCACCUCUUCCCGGUCUGCAGUUGUAGCAUCAUCGCCGGGGAUCGCCACACUCCGCCGGGGCUUCAUUCAACCCCGCUCCGGACCGCAGAAGCGACACCAUCGGGGCUAACAAUCACGUUUUGAGGUGAAGUUCGUGACAUAAAUUCAACACGAGGUCGUAGCUCUGCCCGUAGCUCUGCCGCCGUGACAGAGGGCAGCCCAGUGGAAACCAUGAGUUCAUGCAGCACAGAUGUUAAGGAAAACCGCAACUUGGACAAUCUCUUCUCCAAAGAGGGGGUUGCCCCAGAGCCGGCUCUCCCCAAUGGGAGCGCCGGGGGGAGGAAACGCCCCCUAGAGGAGGGCAAUAACGGGCACGCACACUCCAAGUAUCGGCCCAAGAAGCGUAAGAAAGUCCCGGGGCCGAUUCUACCCAAAAAUGCCCUGAUGCAGCUGAAUGAGAUCAAGCCGGGACUGCAGUACAAGCUCCUGUCGCAGACCGGUCCAGUGCACGCGCCUGUGUUCGUCAUGACCGUCGAGGUGAAUGGACAGCUCUUCGAAGGCUCCGGACCCACCAAGAAGAAGGCCAAACUCAACGCGGCGGAGAAGGCGCUGAGGUCGUUCGUACAGUUCCCAAACGCGUCAGAAGCCCACAUGGCGAUGGGCAGAACCAUGUCCGUGCACACAGACUUCACGUCGGACCAGGCCGACUUCCCUGACAUGCUGUUCAACGCUUUUGAGACCUCCGCUCCCACUGACGACCCCUUCUAUCUGGCCUCCAACAGCAACGGCUCCUUCAGCUCAGACUACCCCGCUCUCCCCUCUCCGCUGCCCAGUCUGGUCCAAGCUCCUCUGCCCCCCGCCCCCACCACCUUCAUGUCCCCAAACAGCGGCAAGAACCCGGUUAUGAUCCUCAAUGAGCUGCGCCCCGGUCUCAAGUACGACUUCGUGUCAGAGAGCGGGGAGAGUCACGCCAAGAACUUCGUGAUGUCGGUGACGGUGGAUUCUCAGCACUUUCAGGGGUCGGGGAGGAAUAAGAAGUUGGCAAAAGCGCGGGCGGCCCAGGCUGCUCUGUCGGCUCUGUUCAACAUGCAACUGGACCAGGCUCCCUCCAGACAACCGAUCCCACGAGAGGGACUACAACUGCAUCUGCCACAGGUUUUGGCAGAUGCAGUGUCCCGUUUGGUGGUGGAUAAAUUCAGUGAACUCACAGACAACUUCACAUCUCCACAUGCGCGCAGGAAAGUACUGGCUGGAGUCGUCAUGACAACAGGUACGGAUGUGAAGGAGGCCCAGGUGAUCUGCGUUUCCACGGGGACCAAGUGCAUAAACGGGGAGUACAUGUCGGACCGGGGCCUGGCUCUGAACGACUGUCACGCUGAGAUCGUGGCCCGAAGGUCUCUCAUCAGAUACUUGUACUCACAGCUAGAGCACUUCCUCAGUAACUCAGAUGAGGAUCACCAGAAGUCCAUUUUCUCACGGUGUGAGAACAGACCUGGGUUUGUGCUCAAAGAGAACGUCCAGUUUCACCUGUACAUCAGCACCUCGCCCUGUGGAGACGCCCGCAUCUUCUCCCCCCAUGAGGCCGGGGUUGAAGACCAGGGCGACAGACACCCAAACAGGAAGGCUCGGGGUCAGCUCAGGACAAAGAUCGAGUCUGGAGAGGGGACCAUCCCAGUGCGCUCCAGUAACACCAUCCAGACCUGGGAUGGGGUCCUACAGGGGGAGAGGCUGCUCACGAUGUCCUGCAGUGACAAGAUCGCCAGGUGGAACGUGGUUGGUUUCCAGGGCUCUCUGAUGAGUUACUUCACAGAACCGAUCUACUUCUCCAGUAUCAUCCUGGGCAGUUUGUACCACGCAGACCACCUGUCCAGAGCCAUGUACCAGCGCAUCACCGAAAUCGAAGACCUGCCCCAGUGCUUCAGCCUCAACCGGCCCCUCCUCAGUGGCAUCAGUAACGCAGAGGCGCGUCAGCCCGGCAAAGCCCCAAACUUCAGUGUGAACUGGGCCGUGGGAGACCAGGCCCUGGAGGUGAUCAACGCCACCACAGGGAAGGACGACCUGGGACGACCCUCACGCCUGUGCAAGCACGCCCUCUACAGCCGGUGGAUGCGUCUGCACGGGAAGCUCUCGUCGACUCUGCGUAUCCGAACAGUACGCCCCUCCAGUUACCACGAGGCCAAGCAGGCAGCGGCCGAGUACCAUUCAGCCAAACAGACUCUGUUCAGGGCGUUUCAGAAGGCGGGGCUCGGCGCCUGGGUCAAAAAGCCCAUAGAGCAAGACCAGUUCGCCCUAACCACCUGAGUGCGCCCCCUACUGGUCAGCCUCUGCAGCGACUGUUGUCUGUCGGGAGCUAGUUAAGAAUCAAGAGUCUUUCGGAUUUAUCGUGGAAAAAUCUGAAGAAUUUGUGAUGUCAAAAACACAGAAAAACUAAUGACAUUCCCCUUAAUUUUCUAGCCAGCAUCCCACGUUAUCGAGUCUGUUAUGCAACUUUAUAUAAUACACGGACAUUGUACAGAAGAUUUUACGGGAAUGAAUCGUCAGCCGCGUAAGCUCCAAGUUUCUAUCGAUAGAAAAGUUUUUUUGCAUGUUUAACCGAUACCAAAAUCAUGUCCAAUUUGGUAUAUCUGUAUUGUGCUACCAGUGAUGUUAAAAAAUUCAGAAUGUGCUAUUUGCGAUUUGUAAAAAUUGAAAUCGCAAACUAUUUUUUUGUGUUAAAGUUUAAAAAGACACAGCUAAACGUCCACUGUACUAUUGCACCUAAUGGUUCUUGUCAAGUCUGUCCAGGAGUCGUGUGUGUUUUGGCUUAAAAAAUAUACUGAAGUUCAAAUGUCAGGAAUGGUUAAGAAACAGUAACUUACGAAAAUGUCAAAAUUAUCAUUUCAAUUCAGGGUUUUGUGUCAACUGCCAAUCUGCAAAGAGACACUUUGAGUUGUACAAUUGUAGGCAUUAGUUUAUCUAGUUUUUAGAAAUUUUAAAAUGUCCAGGAAAUGUAUCUUGAUUGGACAAAAUUGCAAUAAUAUUAUGCUUGGUUGCACAAAAAUGUAGGUUUAAUAAUGGUCAACCUUUUGUUUUUGUUCAUUACAUCUUAGUAGGGAAAUAUUUAGAAAAAUCAUGAUUAAAAAUUAGCACUUUUGAUUCCAGUCCGAUGUUAGAGAGCGAGCUAACGAUUUAGUUGAAAAUCUAGCUAGUUUUUGAACGUUUUAAAGGGAAAAAUUAUGCCCGUAAAGUAACACGAUUAGUAGCAUCUUGUAGUAUGGCAAGUCACACAGGUAGGACGUAGUGAUCAAAUGCAUUGUGGGAAAUGCAGUUUGCUGGCAGGCUUGUAGCUUCAGUGCAUGGCAGUGCAUGGGAUGGCUGCUCAUUCACCUGCAAAGAAAUAUAAAAAAAAAUAUUUCAACUUUUCAGAAUUGAGUCUUUUGUAGCUACAGAAUUUAAGGAUUUGAAAAGGGAAUAAAAGUAACAGUUUAAAGAUGCACUAUGUAACAUUUCUGGAAGGCGGUCUGCUUUGCUUGUCUCUAUGGAGAUGCUAUUGCUAGAAAUGUUGCACAGCAUGGCAUUAAACUUGUCUAUCUUACACUUGUAUACCUUGAAAAGCAGACAUGUUUACUCUGAUCUGUAAACUGGCCUGGUGGCAUUCUCCGCUUGUCUCUAUGGCGAUAGAUAAGUUUAAUGACUAUGGAAUAUUUCAGACAAAACGACCGCAGCUCCAUGAACACCAGAGAAGUUCCACAGUGCAGCUUUAAAGAUAGAUUUAUUCCAGCUGGUAGUGUACAUUUCACACAUCAGUGCUCUUUGUAAUAGUCGCCGCAAUGAUUCGUUUUAGCUACAACAGGGUUCCUACGCAAUUGUGUUUAGCCACUGAAGUCUGAUCCUCAAAAUAUCAACUCAGUGCAAUUGUUGUAUUGAAUUAUAGCGAUUAUAGUCCUAGAAUGGCCUAAAAUGUGCCAAUAAUUCAUUCAUAAACACAAUGACUUAUUACUACGGUCGAGUACUUAACCCUUUUCUGAUGCUGUUGUGCUAAGUCAAAUUUAUAGGCCUUGAAAUGAAUCAGUUCCUUAAAAAAUUGAAGGUGAAUGAUGUAAUUUUCUUGUCGCCUACUUGUCUCCAUGGAGAUGUUAUCGUUUUGCCUUUAAUGUUCCACAGUAUGGCAUUAAACUCACUUCACAUGCUUAUAUUGCUGAAAGAAAUAUCUAAAAAAAAACUUGCAUUCUUACUGUGAAUGCAGCUCGCCUCUUUACAGAUCUGACCUGUAUCUUGACCAGGGAGAUAGAUAUGUUAAAUGCUACACUGUGAAAUAUUCCGGGCAAAGUAAUAAUAUCUCCUUGGAGACAAGCAGGUGUCCACCACUAGAAAAGUUACAUAAAUUAUUUAAGAUGUGCAUAGUAAUUAUUUGGCUCAAUCAAAGUACACAGUAGUACUUACAUACUUAAAGGUUAUUUAAGUAUUCAUGGUUGCACUAAAAUGAAUUUAUGCAGACAAAAUCAAAUCAUCUGUCAAUAUUUGUCAAAAAAAACCACAGCAUUUUGUAAACAACAGAAUAAAACUUUGACUUUACCGUUGCAUAGGAACCUUGUCUCCAUGGCGACAGUGUUUACGUCUAAAAAAAACUGUCCGUCCGAUGUCAAAAUCAGCUCCCUUUAACUCUCCGAUGUCCUCCUCUUGUAAGAUAAGACCAAACUUUUCAAUCACUUUGUUGCAUGUGAAAAAAAUAAAAAUAAAAACCUUGAAUCCUUAACUAACAAACGGGGGAUUUAGUGUCAAAACUAUUGCACUAUUAAAAGAUUAUUAAACGUUAUGCAAAGAAAUGUACAAAUUUGUCUCCCGCAUUUGAAGUAUGCAGCAGGGCCUUUUUAAACAGCAUUUAAACCAGCUAAUCUUUUUGUUUUUCAUGUUUAAAUCAUGUUUUAAAAGCUCACCAAAGAUAACAAAACAUCUAUUACACAUGACCAUACUGUACGAUCAUUGUUUUAUGUCCGAAAUUGUGUUCAAAAUAUAAUUACAAUGUCUAAAUCGAUCCAUUUUUGUAUGUCAAGUGAAUUCAAAUGUUUCUGCAAAUCCUUGAUACCGAAUUUUUGCUUUGUCAAUUGUAAACUUUUGAAAAAAUAAGUUUGGGUUGGCACAAAAUUGCAGUUGUUUUGUGGCCUUUAAAACGUGUUUGUAGUGAAGUAGUGACAUGUUUGAUAGAAAUAGGGCAUUCAAAUAUUGUACAAUUAACUACACUCAUUUUAUUUAAAACUUCUAAUAGAAAAAAGGGUAUAUUUUUAGCUUAAAAUGUAUGCUAACUUGCUUGCUAAAAAGAUUGUAAUAUGACUUAUAACUUGAGGCUAGCAACAAACUGUCAAUGUAUCAAUGCAUUUGUCGUUAGCCUGCUAAUGCUAACAGUAUUAUUUUUAAAUAAUGACAAAUAGCCAGCUAGAGGCUAGUUUUGGAGCAUGGAUGAUAUAUGCUAGCAUUUGGUUUUAGCUCUAGGCCUAUGCUAAAACUGAAAGAACAAAAAAAAUGCAUUCUUUUGACCCGAGAAAAAAAUUGGAAAACUUUAUGCAAAACUUUUUCAGAUUUCAGGUAACAAUCUGGGACCAAGUACACAAAUACGUUAUUUAGUUAAUACCUCAAUAGGCUCUGUGUACAGCAGCAUGCUAGCUAGCUCACUGGGUGUCAAAGCUAACAGUCAAAACAUAAAAUAAACAACCUGUUAAAAUUAAAAUUAAAAUAAAGACCACCCAAUUAUUAUUGUUUUGAUAUUUUUUUUGCUUCGAAAUUGACCCCUUGACCCCUAACCCACCCGCAGCUCUCUGUCACUGCCUCAUCUUUAAAUAUUUAUUAAUUUUAACGUUACUCGGCAUUAACCUCAGAGAGAUAGAAUUGGACAGGAAGUAGUGACGCUCACAUUGAAGCUGCCGGGCGCCGUUAUGCACAGAGCCAAUUAAAGUCAAGUUUGACUUUUAUUUAUUCUCAAUCAAAGUCUUAAAUUUCACUAAACAAGCCUAUUUUGUUUUGUAUCGUUCACAAAAUGAUCAACGACUUGCAGAAACCUCCAUAUUCUUCAGUCUGUUUUGCUAACCUUUGUCGUUUAACCUUUACCAUAGCAAACCUCCAUAAUUGUACAAAGUUAUAUUUUUUGAAACUUUGACAAUGUUUAUUUCCUGUAAAAAUACUUUGGUUUUUGGUUGUCCAUGCGUUUCCUCGGCAGUCUGCAUGCUCUGUGUUUGUCUUAAUGCAAAAUGGGGCCCAUAGGUCACACAGGAAACAGCACUUUUACUCAGGUUAGUGCUAGAUUCUCGGGUCUGGUUGCCACUGUAGCUAUGAACAGACCUAAAGUAUUAUAUUUUUGACAGUUUUAUGUUUUAUUUUAUGUUGUACAGUGGGUGAGAACUUUGUUUUUAAAGUUACUUUUUCCUAACUUGUCAGCUUACCCAAAACAUCUCCAUAACUUUAACCAUUUUCCUGAGCUUAACAUAAUCCUGUUACUAAUGGUGUUGUCUAAAGUAUCAAAAACGAAACCGAAACUAGAUACUCAUUUGAGCAGGUACUGAUUCUAAAAAAGUCACAUUCACAGGACAGCAAUUAACCUUUCUUGAAGCUUUAGAAUGAUCUGGAGCUGUAUCAGAACAAGUAUAAGACACAUAUACUAGAAAGUAACGCUGAUUUAACGCUGAAAAUCACAUUCUAUCAUCUAAAUAAAGAGUAUUUUUUAUUAUCAUCAUGGUAUCUGAAUCUGUAUCAAGUGUAUUUCUUAGUAUCGAAAAUCGAGUUUGAAAUUUUAGUAUUACGACAACACUAAUUCCUAAACUUAACCAUAACCUUUUUCCUAAGUUACAAAUUAACCUUAUUCUCUUCGUCCAAUCAGAGCAGAGCGUCCCUCCGUCCCGACUCGGCCUUCUAGCACUAACCUUUGACUUAAGGGAACAGUGUUUGGGUUUAAAACGGGAGAUUAGAGUAAGAUUUUAGCGUCUGUCUGUUUGUUGGUUGUUGCAUUUGCGGUUUUCUGACUGGUUCAUGCAGAGAUAUAUUUUGAGUUUUGGUCCCAGGUAUUAUAAUGAUUCUGACUAUAGCAGACAUGGGGCCUAAUGCAUGAGCUCUUAUGUAAAGCAUGUUAUAAAUAUGUAGAAAAGUCGCGUCACUGAUCUAGAAAUGUUUAAUAAAUGCUCUAACUGUUGCCGA